AUGCUGGGACCGGACCCACGAAGAGACUUGAGACGAGACACGGCUCGCCUAUCGCACUACUUGCAAGAGUGUCGUGCUUUUGCCAGCCUUCGAGGCUUCAAGCACUUUAAUGUCUUUAUGCGUGGCCGAGAAGAAUUUCUUUUGUGUACACCUGCAAGCAAAGACACGUUAUUCGAUCCACGAGACGACCAGUUGAAGAAGAGGCAUCGAACGUGUACUGUGCUACUUUUUACUGGAUACGCAAGAUACAAGUGCCCUUACGUUUAUUUUCGAUCAUACCCAGACCAAGAUAACAUGACUCAUUCAGACGACCCAUUGACACUCAAGACAACGGAUGAUUGGCGUCGACAAGAUGUUGCCUUAUGGAAGAUGGUGUUGGAAGUAUUGACCCUCGUCAUGAAGAAACCUGGUCCACGAAAUCCAUUCCAGGUCGACUUGCAAUAUAUCGAUAGCAGGCCUCCAGAGGAAGGUGCACUCCUAUCCGCGUCUUUGUUGAAUUUCUUGGAGACAAUAUGGCUGCAAGCUGAUCCCAAUCUAGAACAAGAACUGAUCGAUCAAGUGUAUGAAGAUAUCAAAGCGCUACAAUUACGACAUGUGGAUCACGUUUAUGAACAUAUUACAUCUGCUGGGAAAACGGAUCAAAAGAAAGAACAAGCUUAG